AUGUCCGAGUCUGCCAGAGCAGAUUCCGAGGCCGCCCACGGCGACGAACACUCAACACCCAGUUCCCCCGGCGCCGACGGGGAACACUCGGAAUCAAAGAACGGCGACCAGCCCCCCCGCAAGAGGCAGCGAGUCCGUCUCUCCUGCCUGGAAUGCCGCCGGAGGAAGUUGUCGUGUGACCGGGGCUACCCGUGCGAGAGAUGUCUCAAGUCAGGCACGCCGGACCGCUGCACCUACGAGACCAGGCCCGGCGUUGCGCCGCCCCCAAAGCCCGCCGGCCUGCAGCUCUCCCAGUAUGACGGCCGCCUGUCCUUGUCCAACGACAACCUCGUCCGCAAGGACAGUGCCCGCGAUUUCGACCGCAUCCGCCGCCUGGAGAUCGAGGUCUCCCAGCUCAAGAACCUGCUGUCCAAGCAGCUGGGCAGCGAUGGCGGCCUCGCCGCCGACCCAGACUCCCAGGCCGCCAUGAGACCCGACCCGGACCUGGUACCCGAGCACAAGCUGCCCGAGUUCAUGCAGUACGGCCACGAUGCCGGCGACGAGAUGCGCUUCUUCCGGGGCAAGGAGUUCCGGACCCGCUACUUUGGACCCCACAACGCCUCCAUGGCCUUUAGCCAGUUGACAGGGCUGUCGCCCUUCAUGAAGGAGACGGCCGAGGAGUGGCUCAAGCCACUUCAUGUGGCUGCGCGGACCAAGGACCGCGAUCAGAGGAAGGCGGCGCGGGAGGCAAAGUUCAAGGCUGCCGACCUCGAGCUCGAACAGCUCCUGCCCUCCAAGUUGGAGACGGACAUGCUCACCUCGCUGUACUUGGACCAGUUCGAGCAGCUCCACCGCAUCGUUCACAUCCCCAGCUUCCGGCGUCAGUACGAGAGGUUCUGGAUACCGACCGAGGUGCGCCCUGCAGCACAUACCGCACUGGUCCUCUCUAUGAUGGCUGUUUCGGCCUGCAUGCACAGCAACUCGUCGUCGCCGCCCAAGUUCACGGGGAUGGUGUCAUGCGCCCACCAGACCGCCGAGAAAUGGAUAUGGGCGUGUGAAGAAUGGCACAGGAAGCAGUCUCACAAGCACCGCCGUCUCAUACACUACCAGAUAGCACUGCUGUUGUAUCUCGCCAAGCGGGUUAACAAUGUCAAGAAGAAGCGUUUUUGGACCAACUCUGGAAUACUGACCCGCGAGGGCAUUUCGCUGGGUUUGCACCGCGACCCCGACGCGAUGAUUGGUGCUAGCCGCAAUAUUUCCGUCUUCAACCAAGAGAUGCGGAGGAGACUGUGGGCAACAAUACAAGAGUUUGACUUUCAGGCAUCCUUCGAUCAUGGAUUACCAACCAUCGUCAGUUCGCUUCAUCUGGAUGUCAAGCCUCCUAGGAAUAUCAACGACGACGAGUUUGACGUGGACGUGACCGAGCUACCCCCAUCCAGGCCGGUUUCCGAAUACACUGGCUCGUCGUUCCAGCACCUAUGCCGGCAGAGUCUGCCCCUCCGGUUGGAGCUGAGCAAGCUGUUAUCAGGCCCGCCCGAAGAUCUGGACUACGAACAAGUAAUUCGCUACACGAACGAGAUCACACAAGAGAUCGAUGCCCUCCCGUCGUGGGAUACAUCGGCGAGCAUGGACGAACAGGAGUCGCCCAAGCCACUGCUUGCAUACACGCUCCUUCACGUGCAGUUGCGGCAAUACAUCAUGCCGCUGCACCAGCCAUUCCUGCGGAUGCGGAAGGUCAACUCCAAGUACCAGUUCUCAGAGGUCAUGUUCUAUAACGCGGCGCGGGACAUGGUUCUCCUGCACGACAAACUGACAGAGUUCGGGGUGCGCACACUAAACUUCUUGCGCGAGGAUGCCCUGACCCUCGCCCUGAAUCUGACGAGCGUCACCAUGCUUCAGUCACGCGGGAGCACAAACAUGAUCAUGGUCAACAGCCCGCACACCCUCAAGCUACUAGAUCAGUGUCUGCAGAUGAAAGAGGACCGGAUCCUGCGCUGCGGAAACAACGAGCCGUGGGGGUACAGCAUCAUGUGCGCCGCCUACGGGCUGCUCGAGACACACCUGGGCAUCAAGGACAGCCAGACGGCCAAGAGCUCCAGCGCAGAGAGGUUCAUCAACCUGCACUAUCGCCUGCUUGCGGGACAGGAGCCACCGGUACUGGGGCCUCAGCAGCAGCAGCAACUCGCGGCAGCCCAGGCCCAGCAUUCCCAACAGGGCGGCGGGGCGAACGUGCGGGCGGAAGGCCCCAGCCUGCUCGAAAGGGCCAAGACCAUCACGCCCUACCUUCAGCCGGGAAUGUCUGCAGCUACUGCUCCCGCCUCGACUGGGUCGGGCGGGAGAGAAGGAGGAGCAGGAGCAGGGGCAGGAGCAGGAGGUGGUGGUGUUGCGGUCAGUGGAGGGGGAGACGUGGCCGGGCUACCAAGCACGCCUUGGUGGCUGGCCGCGGCGGAUCCCACCGUAAGUCUACCUCCCGAUGGGCCCGGGCUUCUGGCCGGGCCUUCUCCGGAACGCCGUAGUAACCGCGAUCCCUCACAUAUGCAGAUGCAGCCCCAGGCGGCUCUGAACCCCGAGUUCAACAUGGAGAUGCUCGGAUUUAAUCUCAAUGAGCUGUGGGCGGUAGACACUUGGGACGCAUAUUAG